AUGGAGGUGGACAGUGAAGGAGUAAAUGAGGAUGGAGGGGAACAGGCAGAGGAAGAAUGGCCUACAAUUUCACGUUUUGAGAGGAUUUAUUAUGAGAUUCUGUUCUACAGCCAAGGGCCCCUCGAUGGCUAUCUCCUUGGUGAGAGAGCCCGUGACCUCUUCCUCCACUCUCGGCUCCCAUUGAUGACACUCAGCAGGAUUUGGAACUUGGCUGAUGUCACAAACGACAAUGUACUCAAUGUGGAUGAGUUUGUGUUGGCGAUGCACCUCACACAUGGGAUCUUACGUGGGAGGAAAAUACCAAAAGUCCUUCCGCAUAACCUCAAACCCAAGUCUUCUACCUCGGUACAACUUCCCAACAUGUCUGACAGGGAGAAGGAGGCAUAUAUCAAGGUGUUUCAGAGUCUUGAUACCAGUCGAAAGGGAUAUUUUGAAGGUACUGAAGCACGUGAGGCUCUCCAGUCUUCUGAGUUAUCCCCGGAACAGUUGGUUGAUGUGUGGGAUCUAUCCGACCUCAAUAAAGACGGCUGCCUAGAUACGGGGGAGUGGACAGUUGCUUGCCAACUUGUGCGACUACACAAACAAGGUUACAAACUAGAGGGUAGCAUCAAUGCUUUCACCUACUUACCAGACCGAAUAUCUCCUAACUCCCUUCAAGCCAGAAAACAAAGAGUGAAUGAAUAUGAUAGCUACAAGCAGAGACUUAUGUCUAUUAAGGAAAAGCGAAAGGCACAAGCAGUUCAAGAAAGCAGACGACUCACCUUGUUGAAAGAUAAAAUUUCCCUUGAAAAGGAUUUGGUAAGUUUGUACAAGAUCAAAAACCCAGUUAGUGAAGACAGACACAGUCGACUGACUGAAACUGAUACCCAGGAAAUAGAAAAACUAGAGGAGAUUAUAGUCAGACUGAAGAAGGAGCACGAAAAGAUUCGACAAGACACUGUGAAGGUGAUUUUAGGAGAGCAAAAGCUGCAGGGAGAGAAUACUAUCAUAAAGGAAGAGACCAGUGAACUCAAUAAACGAUUAUCAUCUCUACACAGUAAAGCUACUAAAGAUCCCGACCCUUUCCACCAACUUUACGAACAAAGAAGAGAGGAGAGAAAGAAAAGUAAUUUAUCAGAGGGUGAAGAGCCAGAAGUACACUAUCCAUUUAAAACAAGUCCAUUUGACAAGGACGCCAUAGAUAGAAUUCCAGUAACGGGUGCAAGUUUGUUUUUAAAUUCUCACGCCACAGACAAUAACAAUAAAAAAUAUUCAAAAGAAAACGAGGAAAUCCUCACAAGCCUACACAGUUUUGGAGAAAAGUUCAUGGAAAUGUGGAGUAGUGGUCAGUCUGGGGUAUCUUUGGAUCGACGGGGAAGCUGUUCCGUGAUGGAAGAGGAUGAUGAUACUGUGUUCAUGACAAUCAAAGGUGAUGAUGAUGAUGACCGGGUGUGGUCAAGUGUGGGCUGGGUUAAUGAACAAGAGGUUAGGCCAGAAGACAGUGAACUUGUUGACCUUCACAAGAAACUGGUUGAUCUGAAGGAAGAGAUGAAGAAACUCAAUAAGGAAACUGGUGGCAAGCUUGUAUUUAGAAAUCCAUCAGAUUACUUGGCUCGUAAAAAGGCAAAGGAAGAGGAGGAACUAGAGAAAGCCAAACCUAAGCGAUCCAAGAGUUCAGUAGACUCAGAUUAUGUCGUCAAACGGCGUAGCUGGAUAGAUCGCAGAAAAGACAACAAUGAUGCACACUCCCAAGAGAUCAGGUCAAAAAGGCGUUCAUUAAAUCUUGAUUCAAAGGCAGAUGGUGGACUUUCACCCAGAAAAACUGCACCAGAUAGACCUCAAAGACUUCCAGUUAAAAGUGAUAGUCAGAUUCCUGUUGCUGAUAGGUCUCAUCGGAAUUUAGAUUCUUCAGUAGUAAGUGAAAGUGGUGAGUCCUCUGUACCUAGAAGAAGUCCACGAAGAGCUACCUCACCUACAACAAGUCCAACACGAUCCACAAAAAAGACAAGAGCACCCCCGCCUCCUGUAUCUCCACCAGUUUCACCUGUUGUCACUGAACCAGUUCCAAUUACCUCUCCUCGUAAAUCUAAACAGGAAAAAGUUGUCCCAAAAAUAUCGAAAGAGGAAGCGAAAACACAGGAAGUGAAUUUGUCUGAAAAAGUAAAACAGGAAGUGAGCACCCCUACAAAAGCAGCUGAAGAAGUUGUCAAUGUAGAGAAGGAGACUCCAUCACGCCCCCCUCGUAAAAAGCGUCCAUCGUCUUCCGUGUCACCUGAUCGUGCCAUUACUGUGCCUUCUGUAGAUCUUUCAAACAAAACUAGUGAUAAAAAGACAGAAAAAUCUGAAGUAAGAUUCUCACCAGAACCUGAACUUAUUCCUGAUGCUCCACUUGUUAACGGUGAAGUAAGAUUUACUCAGAUAUCAAUUGACCCCAGAGGAGAUGAAUCCACAGAGACUGUACCUGUAAGUGUAAACAAAGUUGUUAAAUCUCCUAACAAUCAAGCAUUAUCUGAGGACAGGAAUUCAUCCAGUCAGGUAACUUCUUUAUCACUGAGAUCUGACAAAUCAGAACAAAAAAUCCAAGUGACAAAUCAGGACACUUCACUCUCUAAUGGACAUUUACCACCCACAGAAAUUGUUGAAGAACAAAUCGUUCAGGUCCAGAAAUCAAAAUCAGAAAGCGUUCCUCAAAUCAAAUCAACAAUCUUUGAUGACAGUAUAGUAGACGAGGAGGUUGAACUAACUUUCAAAAAGUUUUCACAACAGCCACCUGAUGUUGUUUCUCUAGCUGAGUCGAUUCAAUCCACACAUUCAGGUACAAGUACUGAGUCUUUCGCCCCCACCUUACCCUCAUCACCACCCCCGUUACUGCCCCUGGGCGGUAUUCCUAAAAAGUUAGCAUCUGCAGAAUCAGUGGAAGAAGAAGUCUUAGAGGUGGUAGCUUCACCUAUUGUAGAACAUAAACCAAUCAUUGAGGAGAAAAUCCUCGAAAGUGAACCGAUCGUAGAGGAAGUGAUAGAAGUUACGAAAGUUAGCAAGAAAGAAACACUGCCUGAAGUGAUAGAAGUUUCGAAAGUUUCUGAGAAAGAGACUUUGCCUGAAGUGAUAGAAGUUUCGAAAGUUUCUGAGAAAGAGACUUUGCCUGAAGUGAUAGAAGUUACAAAAGUUAGCAAAGAAGAGUCACUGCCUGAAGUGAUAGAAGUUACAAAAGUCAGCGAGAAGGAAACAUUACCUGAAGUGAAGGAAGAAAUAAAAGACACCAAGAAAGAAACAAAUCUGAUUGUUCGAAGGGAGGUAACCUCUCCAGUAUCAACGGUGUCUGAACUUAGAGCAGAAUUUUUCGGAAUAAAGAAGAAAACUGGACCUGUGAUGUCGGAGGAAAUAGUUUUUGAGGAUGACCUUCCUCAAACAAACGGACAUGUUGAGCACAUGGAUGUUUAUAUCAAUGACCUCAAAAAUGAGGUUAGUUUGAAGGAGGCAGAAGAUAGGGAUGAAGAUUCAGAUGUAUCUGAUGCAGAUGAAGAACAAAAUAGUCACUUUAAGGCUACAUUUAUUCCAGGUGAUGCCAAAACAGGAACUUUGCCCACUGAUGUUGCAUUGGAUGAUGAGAAUGAUGGAGGAAUUCAACUUAUCUCUUUUAACACGACUGAGAAUUCCAUGCUUCAGAGUCCUGGGGAACAAUCACAGACAGACUCUGCCUUCGAUGAGUUGAUGUCAAGUACAGACCAUGACAAUAGUAAUCAGGUCAGUCUGUGUAACACACUUGAGGAUUUCCAGGAACAAGAAGAGGAAGUUGUCACAGAAAGUAUAGAGAUCAAAGACUUUGAAGAAUAUCAUAGUCCCCCAAUUAAUGAAACGGUGGAAGUAGAGGAAGUUACAGUUGUUGAAUCGACGCCGCAGACAUCUGAACCUGAACUGGAUACAGAGCUCAAACAGCCAGAACCAGAGCAGAAACCUGUUGUCAUUGAAACAAUAGAGAUGGUUAAAGAGGUAAAGGUUGAAUCUGCACCCAGAUCUGUUUACUCUGAACCAGAGACACCUGUAGUUGAUGAAUUUGUUCCAAAUAAGAACACAGUUGUCUCCCCUCCUGAGACUCCUCAGAAUGCCUCAUUCAAUGCCGGACUCCGAGACACUUCAUCCAUUGUGAGAAAGGCGCGGAAUUUCUCUGACAUCAUCACAGAGCCGCCCAAGUUCACAGUUAAAGCGAGUACAAAAGAGGUGUCAGAGGAGAGGCUGAAACAGAUGGACAUUGAAAGGAAGGCUAUCCUACAACAGAGUAUGAAGUCUACCAAGUCAGUGGACAUCUCUUACUCUGACGAGGAGGAAGUUGUCGUAGAAGAUAACAGCAAACCAAGUCCAUCGCUAGGAGUUGCCGACAAACCGCAAUGGAACGCUGGCAGUGAGGAAGAUAGUACGACAGAGACUGAUUAUAAAGUUGCUCUUAAAAGCAGCGUCAAGUGGGAGGACGUACCUGAGAAGGUUAAUCUUUAUAGUGCAAACGUAGUCGAUGACGGAAAAACCACAGAAAUUGUAGACAGAGAAUCCAUUGCAGAUCUCGGGUCGACAAGGAAACAGUGGGAGACAUUGUUUCUGUCAUCAACACCUUCAUCAGCUCCAAAACCAACGCCUAAAAAAGCUGCUGUCAAACACUGGGAGGUUAAGCUUCCUUAUAAACCAGUGGGUGUGGUGAAUUCUGCAGAGACAACUGCAGAAGAACCACCUAGUGAAAGGAAAAUGGAAGACGAAUAUGCUAACGAAAGUGCCAUUGCUCGUGAGAUUCGUCUGGCAAACGAGCGUGAGGAAAUGCUUAAACGUGAGCAGGAGGAUCGAAUGGAGCUUUUGAAACGCCAGGAGGAAUCAAAACAGACGAAAACAAUAGCAACUUUUGAGGCACAGAACAAUAACAACAACAAUAAUGAAUUAAAGACAAUGUACCAUGAAAUGACAGAAGCUGAUCGUGGGUCGGAGCUGCAACGAAGGGAAACCAUCAUCAAACAGGAGAUUGAGGAACAACAGGAGCGCGAGCAGGCCGUCAGUCAGAAUGCCGUCAGCGACAGUGAGGAGGCGGACUCCAACAAUGAUCAGAUUGAUGCUACAGAGAGUGUAAUAGCUCGUGAGAUUCGACUUCAGCAUGAGAGGGAGGAGGAAAUAGCUAAACAAAGACAAACAGAGGUUUCUCAACCCCCUCCAGUGGCCCCUACACCUGUACUUUCGGAAACCAAAAUCAAGCCUGAGGAGGCGCAGGAAGUUGAAUCUGAUCCACAGUCAGAGAUUUCAUAUGAGGAAGCCAUUGGUGCUUACCAACAUGUAGGGGAGAGUCUUAUUGCAAGGGAACUUCGUGAGAUCAGAGAGCGUGAGGAAGAAUUGCAGAAGAUGAGAGAGACUUUGUCAAAACCAAAACCUGUUAAAGAAUCACCUAAACCUGUUAAAGAAUCACCUAUCUCCAGUUCAAAGCAGUCUGUUCAGAAAAGUACACCUCAAAAAUCACAGCCUACUAAGACAAACUAUUUGUCCCCAAGUGUUCAAAACAAAGUCUCUAGUCAGUCCACACCAAACAAAAGCAUUCAUGUAACUAUGACACCACCUGUAACACCGCAGAAUCAAAGUGAUGCUUUUCCAACAAAAUCGGAAACCCCAAUCGAAAAAGAGAUACGAUUGGCCAGGGAGAGAGAAAAUGAACUAAGACGGCAGAAAGGUCUGCCAGAGAUUGCUGCUCCAGAACCGACAGUGAAUGUCGAACCAUCACCUGUUUCUAAUGGAACUGAUGAGGAUUUCUUUACAACUGUGUCACCAUACAGAAACCUAAGGUCAUCUGAAAAAUCAGCAGCCAUGAGGAAUUAUGGGUCAUCCAGAUUACAACGAGAACUUGAGAAACAGCGUAUCAAAGAGAUGGCAAUGAAACAGGAAGGAACCAUCAAGUCAACUUCUGAGGAUCAUAUACAAACUCUUAAAUACACUGAGGAAAAAUCGGAUAAACCAGUUAAACGUAACUUUAAUAUUCAGCGAAGAAGUAUCAGUAAUAUGUCUAAUGAUUCAGAAAAAACACCUUCUGAACAUUCAGAUACUGAUUCUCUUAAAGACCUUCCAAUCACCCCAGUAGCCUUGCCUAAGGAGGAAGUGCCCAAUAGAUUCAAACGCAGUAUUUCAGCGGGCUCAAAUUUGUUCUCAUAUAAAGAAACCACACAGAAGGCCGAAUCGAAAAUUGAAAAGGAACUCCGUGAAAUGAGAGAGCGAGAAGAAGAACUAAGAUUGCAGAGAGAAAAGAUUGCUGCAGACAAAAAAGCAAACACUCCAAGUUGAAUGGUGACACCAUGGA